UCAUGUCGUGAACUGACAUUCCCAAGUUUUCUUUUCUUUAAUGGCAAGCGCCUGCUAAACCACACCAUAAAAACUUUACAAGUUCGAGAUCUGGAUGAGUGCGAGUUGCAGUGUUACUACGAACACGAUUGUGUCAGCAUUAAUUUUAACAAUGAAGCUGGUAAAAAUGAUGGAAAACACACAUGUGAGCUGAACAAUUCGACGCAUGAUUCAAAGAAGCAGGAUUUGGUGGAAGUAAAACAUUACUUUUAUCGUGGAACAAAAGUAAGAUCAUAACAUAUACACCAAAAAGGAAUUUUUUUCCAAGAACCUCUUCUCCUGCCCCACUGGAAAUUCCAGUGAAGUUUUACCAUAAGCUUACAUUUCUGUAAUCUUAAUAUUUUUUGUCUUAAAGAUCCCCUCCUCCCCCUGGAAAUAUAUAAUCUGUUCAGUGGGGGGAGGGGGAGGAGUGUAGAGAUUUGUAUAAACCUUUUUAAAAUACGUACUCUUGAGUUGCCAUUAAAUGAGAGCUUCAAAUUAUAUUCUUGGACGCACCUCGUGGGGUGAAUGAAUUCAUAGAAGAGUUACCAAACCAUAUCAUAGCAAGGCUGCAAAUAAUUUUUUUUAAUAAGCAGGUCAUUUGUCAGGUCAGAGACCAGACCUGACCUGACAAGGAAACAGUCUGGUCAGACAAAAAAAUUCCAAGUGAAAGACCAAAAUUAAGAAUAUAACAAAACAACCUAUUUCACUGCUUUAAUUGCACAAUAUUAAUCACAGACAGGAGUAACAGUUGUAUCAGUUCACUUGAUCAGUCUUCUCUGACUUCACACUUGAAAACAAAAAUUAUACAAAAAUUUAAUUCUGAUUUACUUUUCGAUAGCAGAUUAUUAUUUUUUGAUUGUCAAUGUGUGUGUUAGCUAAAUAACGGAACAAUGUUUUGCCACAAGUGUCUUUAAAGUAUGAUAAUUAAAAGUUUAAUUUGGAUCAAAAGUGCCCGGUCAGAGUGACAGACCAGACUAAUAUUUCGCCAGUCAAAACGUCAAAUUUACCGGACAAUUGUAUAAACUUUUUUUUUGUGUGUGAAUAUCUCAAGAAGAUUUGACAUUAAUAUAGUUUGUGAACAAAUGUAACUGGAAUAAAAAAAGUGAUUUGUAAGAAUCGACGCCCCUGAAAAUCCAUAAAAAAGUGGCCUGGGGAAAAUGCAGGGGGGGGGGGGGGGGGGUAACGCUAAGGAGGGUGUCUCCAGUUUUUAGAUUUCCAGAGGGAUGAAGCAGCUGCUCGGAAGAGAAGUUACCAAUGAUGCCUAAACCUGAACCCAAACAAUACUGAAACAAUUGAAAGAAUGACAUUUCAUUGUUUUCUGCGACCAAUCAGGAGAGACCUUACGAGCAGCUCCUACACAACUUUUCCAGAGGUUGGCAUCUCUGCAUCAAAUCUAUCAAUCUACUAAGAAACUAAGUAAAUCUUUUAACUUUAAAGCUACUUACCCUAAAAGAUGUUCUCAUUUUCUUUUAAAACUUGUAAGAAUGCGUGCAGCAAAUUCCCUUGUACAACUGCCGUGGAAUGUCAACCAGUAUUUACCACGAAGAGCUCCACUUCCUUCUGUCCAUUGGAGUUAACUACGGGCAAUUUUACACGUGGUAAGCGCAAAUACCUUAAUAGAAACCUGUACUUCUACAAAAUAGAUAAACCUUUCAUUCUAGGAUAAAUACAAACGGAAUAUCAAUGAACUUACCUUGUAAUAAUCAGCUGAAUAUGGCCGCCAUUUUAAAUCAACAUCCGCGGUCAGCUGGUGAGAGGUAUAGAACAAAAAUUUGGUCUAGGGGACUGGGGAAAGGUCGAGGGGAGACUCUUAGGGGAGGGCCUGGGAUUUCUGGUUAUUCUAUGAUCGUGAUCCCACUUUAGAUCCCACUGCACGCGCACUUUGCGAAUAAUAAUAAUAAUAAUAAUGAUAAUGAUAAUAAUAACAGUACUGAUGAUGAUGAUGAUGAUGAUGAUGAUGAUGAUGAUGAUAAUUUCUUCGCAGAGAUUACGAUGGAUUCAGUCAUAAUAGCCAAAAAUGGGUUUUAUUUGUGCCAUCUGAAGCAAUUCCUAGCUCCCGCCGUUGGAAAUAUCUCUCACUGGAAAAUAUGCUAUCGUGCCUCCAAGCAUGGUAGAUACGACUUCAUAUUUCAUCAGAGGUGUAACGGGAAAAAUAACACGCUUACUAUAAUCAAAAAGGAUGAAUAUGUAUUUGGUGGAUUCACUGAUAUUUCAUGGGGUAAUAAAUUUACAUUUUGUUACUAGAAACUUAAAAGAAUGUUUUUGUUUUUGUUUUUGUUUUUUUUCAUAUUGUUUUUUGUGGAAAAGAAAAGAAACAUGUAUAGUUCGUGACGAAAGACAAGCGUAGGGGUUUCCUCUGCUUUUAAAAGUGGGUCUUGUUAAAAGAAGAACAUGGAAUUUGUUUGCCAAAUCAUAGUAAUCAGUGUUGGGUCCGUCCAUAUCCCGUAACAGAGCCUCCUUUGUCCCCCAGGAUUCCACGUUGUAGAUUCGGGAUUCGGAUCCUUAUACGUAACGGGAAACUGUCCACCUACCCCUCCCCUAAGCCAGCUUUAACACUUACUUCUCACUUAGGGCAAAAUGUUGGCUUAUGGGAGGGGUAGGUGGGCAGGUUCCCAGAAACGUAUAAUGAUCCCCGGAUUCCAGGUACUUGAUUCCGGAUUCCCUGUCAGUGGAAAAUAAAUCCCGGAUCCCAAAGUCUAGGAUUCCGGAUACAACAAGAGAAAAUUCCCAGAUUCUAUAAUUCCUGAUUACCUUACAUGGGUCGUGGGGUGACCUUUUAAUCAUUGCUGGGUCUGUCUAUAUCCUGUAACCAUGGUAACAUAGUUCUCUUCUCUCAGAGUAAUUGAUGGAGUUUUGAAAGCUGUUAAAAAGAUCCUUUGGUGUGGCCAUUCAAAUGAAACCUCUUUAGCAGUGCUUUCACGUGGAACUAUUUGUUUAGAAGCAUUUCACAAAAUGAAAUUUGGAGAUUUUGUCCAAAAGUUUUGACUUUUGUUUCUCUGGAGAGUGAGAAGCUUAAGUCAGAAACCUAAUUUUCUUGCUUUUUUUUUACCCUCUUUUUCAGAGCGUACUGAAGGUUACAGGGAAACAUCUAACGCGUUCAUUUUCUCUCUUCGGAAUAACGAGCAACUUGGGCCCUUCAAGAGCAUGGUUAAAGAAUCAUCACACGCAAUUUAUAACUGGAAAUACACGGGACCAGCAUUUGGGAAAACGGAUAUCCGCAUUAAUUACACUCCCCGAGGGAGAACUUCUUCCUCCCACUUAGGGACUUCCUACUGUGCCUCUAGUGAAGUUAAAAACCCCAGCACUGUCUUGGCAGGUACAAUGAAGUUCGAUCCAGAUGAAGUAGAGGUGUUUUUCCUCAAAACACUGAAUUAA